GGCGUUCUGGGCUUGACGGUUGCUAAGGUGACAGAGGUACAACAUGGCGGUCGGAUCCUAACGCUCUCGGACGAGAGACCAACGCGGAGGUCCUAGUUCCGGACCCUGCCUCAGAGGAGUGGAAGCGAGGGGCCAGCCUUUCUGCCCCUUUCUUCUCCGUCUGCUGUCGGCAAAAGGUUGUCGCCGGCUUCCGCAUCCAGGAUGAAGAACUAUAAAGCAAUUCGCAAAAUAGGAGAGGGAACGUUUUCUGAAGUUGUGAAGAUGCAGAGCCUGAGAGACGGGAACUACUAUGCGUGUAAACAGAUGAAGCAGCACUUUGAAAGUAUUGAGCAGGUGAACAAUCUACGAGAGGUACAAGCACUGAGGCGCCUGAAUCCACACCCGAACAUUCUUACGUUGCAUGAAGUGGUUUUUGACAGAAAAUCUGGUUCUCUUGCACUAAUUUGUGAACUUAUGGACAUGAAUAUUUAUGAGCUAAUACGAGGGAGAAGACACCCAUUACCAGAAAAAAAAAUUAUGCACUAUAUGUACCAGCUAUGCAGAUCCCUCGAUCAUAUGCACAGAAAUGGAAUAUUUCACAGAGAUGUAAAACCAGAAAAUAUAUUAAUAAAGCAGGAUGUCCUGAAAUUAGGGGACUUUGGGUCCUGCCGGAGUGUCUAUUCCAAGCAGCCGUACACAGAAUACAUCUCCACGCGCUGGUACCGGGCCCCCGAGUGUCUGCUCACCGAUGGGUUCUACAGCUCCAGAAUGGACGUGUGGAGCGCCGGCUGUGUGUUCUUCGAGAUUGCCAGUCUGCAGCCCCUCUUCCCUGGCGCCAAUGAGCUGGACCAGAUCUCAAAAAUCCAUGACGUCAUCGGCACACCUGCUGAGAAGACCCUCACCAAGUUCAAACAGUCGAGAGCUAUGAGUUUUGAUUUUCCUUUUAAAAAGGGGUCAGGAAUACCUUUACUGACAGCCAGUUUGUCCCCGCAAUGCCUCUCCCUCCUGCACGCAAUGGUGACCUACGACCCUGAUGAGAGAGUCACGGCCCAGCAGGCCCUGCAGCACCCCUGCUUCCGAGGACAGAGGGCAACUGAGAGGCAGGCUCUGGGCAGCCUCGGAAAAGCUUUCUUCCCAGAGUGCCCUGAGGCGCCGGACCCACUCGGUAACAGGUGGUGGAUUUCAAAGGAGGGCAGAAAGCAGCAACAGCCCCUAAAGCAAGAGGGGGACCGUCCCAAGAGACAAGGACAGGCCUGCCUGACAGAACUCCCCAAACUGAAGCUCCCAGGCGUGACGAAGCUGUCAUACUCCAGCCCAGAGCUGCAGUCAGUGUUCGCUCCAGGAGGGAGCCGGAAGGUCCCGGUGCUGAGGCCCCUGAAGUGUGUGGGCGCCAGCCAGAAGGCAGACGCGUGGAAGGACGCGACGCCUGACGUGAAGCACUACCGCCUGCCCGCCAUAGGGAGGAGUGGAGGGGGUGCUGAACUGCACGUGCCACCCACCCCACAGUGUCACAGCAGGCGCUGGGCCCCGCCUGCCACCUGAGACAUGGAUGGAGGUUCCAGGCAGAGAGGUGGGCUUCCCAAGGGCGUCCUGCAGCGUGGAGCACACCAGCGGUCACUGACCCGGCCUGGAGCCCCCAGGCCGCAGGAAAUGGACCCUGAAAGCAGCCGCACUGUAUGUAUUUCCACUCGACUACGUCUGUAAAACCGCCUCAUUCUAAGGUUUUAGUUCACUUUCGUAAUGUAAACAUUUGGGGCAGGAGUAUUUUGUAAUGUUUUAUAUGA